CAGCACUGUUUCUCCAUCUCCUUUCCACAGCUGCGGCCAGUAAAACAAACGAAAAAAAAUCGAAUCUAGAAUAGUGUAUGACAAUACAAACGCACUUUCUUCGCAACGCAUUAACCAGGUGCGUGUGCGUCUAGCGAGAGCGUGAGAGCGAGCGAGAGGGACAGAGUAAGUGAGCGAGAGCGGCACGCGUGUGUUUUUGUGUAUGUGUGUUAGUACGGUUGUUGCGCCUAAAAGUUGACAACGAGAACAAAAAUAAAUUCUGAGAAAAUAAAUAUAGAUAAUCUGUAAUCUGCAAGCGCGCGCGUGUUUAUUUAAUUUGUAUUUUGGUCACUUGGUUCGGCAACAACAACGACAACAAAAGCAUUUCCCUAUGAUUGGCUCAUUCUGGAAUCUGUGCAGAGCGUGCCCAUCAAUGCCGGUUGACAAGCUCCAUUCGGAGUACAGGAGCACUUAUCGUUGGCAUGAAUUUACGGGCAACUCGAGGCCGGAGGUUGUGCGCCGAGCGCCAGCGCCUAAUCCAAGUCAAUUUGUUGGUGCAACAAAUGAGCCGCCAUUGCCACGUCGAAAAAAAUGCCCCGAAUUAGCAUAUAAAUCGCACGAGUUUAUUAUAGGAUCCGAAUAUACAGAUGCACGUCGAGAUGCCAGUGCGCACCGUUCGGCGAGGUCGGAGGAGCGCGGCACACCUUCGCGUCGCAGCAAAUCGGAGGGACCACCCGUUGUGCCCAAUGGACGCCCCUAUCCUAUGGCAACGGAGGUCGACGGACCAACAAGAAAACAGGCGGCUACUCUGCAUGAGCUGGAGCCAUUGGUUAGCGAUACGGAUGAUAGAAAAACACAUGAGAAACAAGUGAAUUUUGUGGAGCGCAAAAUUACCACACGUCCGUUUUCGCAAGCAAUAGAUCAGGAGCGUCUCAAUCACUUCAUAACGAAAAAGGAGAACUUUGGCUUUGCCGCAUCAGCUGCCAAGGAUGAUAAUAAACAGCAGGUGGCAGCUGCACCCGACCAGGGUCAGCUGGUUGUCAUGAAUGGCAGCGCACCGCCGCAUUCGAAACCGAAUUUGGAUUUGUGGUUCAAGGAGAUGGUCGAGCUGCGCAAGAAGGCUGGCGAAUAUAAGUGUCGCGGCUGGGGCAUAGAAAUCGAUCCGGAAUUGUAUAAGAAGCAGAAAGAUUUAUGGGAUCAGGUAUCCAAGCGCAGCUCGCUAUCAGCACUGUCCUUAGCAUCCACUGUGCACAGGCCUAUCACCAAGGAGGAGAAGGAGCAAGAGAACAAUAAAAAAUCAACGCCAUUGCAAAAAACGCCACAGUCACAAAAGCCACGAGUUCCUGGCCAAGCCUAUUCGAUUGAUAAUAAGGAUGAGAUUUCAGCACUGCCAGCACGUUUUAGCAACAUACGCCAUCACUUGGAGCGCACCACGGGUCCGGAUGUUGAGGAGGGCGCUCUGCUGCCAUCACCCACGCGGGAGAAACUGAUGCCUGCCAUCACUAAACGUGAAUCCGAAUCUCAGCGUGGAAGUCCCAAGAAGACGGCACUUUCGCGUCACGGUUCGCCUCAGAAGGGCAGCCCCCAGAAGGGCAGCCCCAAAAAGGUCCUCAAAUCACGCUCACAAUCUGUGGGUCCUGGCGUCGCUGAGAAUGAGUCACCCAAGCGUCAGAUACGCUCGGCGAGUCAAGCACCCGCCAGCCGUAAAAGGCCACCGACGACAUCGGCCGGAACUGAACGUAAGCCACGCCCAUCUACCUUAUCCACAACAUUCCAAUCCCGCAUUAAAAGUAGUUCCCUACCACCGCCUAACGGUAAAGUAGCCGCAGCGCCAACAGCAGCAACAGCCACAGCAACCGCAACAGCAACAUCAUCAGCAACAGCCGGCCGUGCAGCAGCUACAUCCUAUGCUAAUCAUGCUAAUCAAUCACAUUUAUCACAAUGCAAGAGCUCCAACAAAAUAAACAGCAAAUCAUCUGCAGCAACAGCGCAACAGCAACAGCAGCAACAACAACAAAAGCAGCAACAGCAGCAAAUGCGUAAGAAAGAUAAAGAUAGAUCGAAUAUUAGUUGCAUUGGUAAUGGUAGUCAAGUUGGUGCUGGUAGCGGUAGUAGUGCAAAUAGUGCGAAGCAUCAACAAAACAAACAAAAACAACAACAGCUACAACAGCAACAGAAACAGAAGCAGCAACAUUGCAAGAUGUUGCAGCAACAGCAACAGCAACAACUGACAAGGCAGCAACAUCGGCAACAACAACAACAACAACCAUCGGUUCCAACAGCAACAACAACAGCAACAACAACAGCGGCACCCACCAGACCUGUCACCAUCAACAUCAAACGGCUAACGGUACCAGGUCAGGAUAGAAAAUUGGCUGAAAACGAGGGUGAAGAUGGCCGUGAAACAGCUAUUUCGAUUUCUAGCUGCAGUCCACAGCCAGUGCCCGAGGUGCCCGAUGAGCCAUUGGUUAAAUCGCCCCCGGAGCCCACAAGGGUUAAGUCGCCCGAGCAGAUUAUAAUGCGCUCUCCCGAUCCAGUCAACUGGACGGUACCCUUGGACACUGGCAAGACAUUCACUGUAACACAAAAUGUCAAAGAGGGCGAGAACUACAGCCGACCUCAGAGCGAGAUAAAAGCGUCGACACCGGUGGAAAAGCCACCACCGCCACCACAAUCGGCACCGCCGCAACUAACCGAACAGGCUAAAAUGGACGCCUGGAAGUCCAGCGGCAGCCCAACAACCAGCGCUGCUGCCUAUGGCAAAACGCUGACGCCCACCCAACCGGGCGUCGCAGUCCGCUGCGAUACGAGCGCCAAGCCGGAGCCGGGCAUCUCAUCAUCCUCAUCGACAGCAACGGCGUCGACGGCACGUUCCGCCGCUGCCGAUGUGCUGGAGAAGGCACGUGACCGUUUCGAUCGCUUUUGGGGCAGCAGCACCAGCACCGCCACCAAAGAGGAGAGUGUUUAAGCAAUUGUGUGAGCGUGUUUCAAGUGCAAAAUGUAUUUGGCAAAAAGCAAUUAACAAAAUUCAAUUAACCAAAGUGCGUUCCAAUAAUGACACGAAUGCCGCCUCAAUCAUGCAGAAACCACAUACUCAAACAAACUCUACAAACUCUAAAUCUCCUUCAGUACUGCAGAACUAUCGACAUUUAAGCCCCUCAAUAGUCGAUAAUAUAAAUAACUAGUUUUGCAUUUAAUUAUUUGAUUUAAUCGAAGGCUAAAAAUUAACAGCAGCAAAAAAAAAAAACAUCGCUGACAGCCAGAGAGCCAUCGAACCAUCGAUAGUUUUGUAGGACUAACCUCUACCGCUAACUAUGCUCAUCUCCCGUCUAUGCUUAAACACAUGAAAAAUCCCAAUGAAUAUAUUUAAUUAUCCCAAAUUAAUAUUUAAUUUAUUGUCAAAGCGAGACUACGCAUACGUAAAUGUUUCCAUUAGGAGUACUAGGAUUUCAGCUGAAUUUAACUUAGAGAAUAAAUAUUAGUGAAGGAAAUCAUUCGUAUUCUGCCAUUUAUUUAAUUUCCAGCGCUGCACGUGCAUUUUGAAGAGCAAAGUAAAAUCACUUACUUUCACUGCCUAAUCCCCAAAUGAAAAA